AAGGCGAAAGGGAGAGAGUGUGUCUGGGGGAAGGGACGCAAAGCGCAGUGGAUCCGGGACCCAGGGAGGGCCGCCCCCCGGGCCUGGUGGCAUUAAACAGGACCCCUCAGCCCCCACCUCUUGCCCCACGACAUGAACCUACUCUACCGAAAAACCAAGCUGGAGUGGAGACAGCACAAAGAAGAGGAGGCCAAAAGGAGCUCCAGUAAGGAAGCAGCCCCCACAGGCCCUGUGGGGCCUGGGGCUGUCCCAGGGCCUGGGGUUCGAGUGCGGGACAUUGCCUCGCUUCGACGGUCCCUCAGGAUGGGUUUCAUGACAAUGCCCGCGUCCCAGGAACACACCCCACACCCGUGCCGCAGCGCCAUGGCCCCUCGCUCUCUCUCCUGCCACUCGGUGGGCAGCAUGGACAGUGUAGGCGGUGGGCCUGGAGGAGGUGGAGGAGGGUUCACGGAGGACAGUAGCGGCCGGAGACCCCCAGCUAAGCCCCGGAGACAUCCCAGCACAAAGCUCAGCAUGGCAGGGGCAGGGGCAGAGACACCGCCAAGUAAGAAAGCAGGCUCCCAGAAGCCAACCCCUGAGUGCCGUGAGUCCAGCCGGAAGGUUCCGCCACAGAAACCCAGGCGAAGCCCCAAUACCCAGCUGUCUGUGUCCUUCGAUGAAUCUUGUGCCCCAGCCCCAUCUCCUCGAGGGGCGAACCUGCCCCUGCAACGCCUCAGUAGGGCUUCUCGAGUAACUGGAGACCUGGAUUCAGGUGCCCAGGAAGAAGAGCCCGUGUACAUAGAGAUGGUAGGGGAUGUAUUUCGUGGAGGAGGACGAAGUGGAGGCAGCCUGACAGGACCUCCUCUUGGAAGUGGAGGCCCAACCCCUCCAGCUGCUGCCGAUUCGGACUCUGAAGACAGUGAGGCUAUAUAUGAAGAGAUGAAAUACCCCUUGCCUGAAGAGGCAGGAGACGGCAGGGCCAAUGGGCCUCCUCCAUUGAUGGCACCUUCCCCUCCACAACAGCCCCAUGUCCUCCAGCCUCACCCGCACCCCCAUCGCCGUCCAGCUUCAGCCCUUCCAAGCCGGAGGGAUGGGACCCCCACCAAGACCACUCCUUGUGAAAUACCCCCACCCUUUCCCAACCUUCUUCAGCACCGGCCUCCACUUCUGGCCUUCCCUCAAGCCAAGUCUGCUUCGCGAGCCCCUGGCGAUGGGGUCUCAAGGCUACCGGUCCUCUGCCACUCCAAGGAGCCAGCCGGUUCCACCCCAGCUCCCCAAGUGCCUGCACGAGAGCGGGAGACGCCUCCCCUGCCGCCUCCGCCUCCUGCUGCCAACCUGCUAUUGCUGGGACCAUCAGGCCGAGCCCGGAGUCACUCAACACCGUUGCCACCCCAGGGCUCUGGCCAGACCCGGGGAGAGCGAGAGCUCCCCAACUCUCACAGCAUGAUCUGCCCUAAGGCAGCAGGGGUACCGGCAGCCCACCCUGCUCCAGCUGCCUUGCUCCCCGGACCCCCUAAGGACAAGGCAGUGUCAUACACUAUGGUGUAUUCUGCGGUAAAAGUGACCACACACUCGGUCCUGCCAGCUGGUCCACCCCUGGGUGUUGGAGAGCCAAAGACGGAGGAGAUCUCAGUCCUUCAUGGAAUGCUGUGUGCCAGUUCGAGGCCCCCUGUCCCAGGGAAAUCCAGCCCCCAUAGCGGGGCUAUGGGUUCAGCAGCUGGGGUCCUCCACCACCGCAGCUGCCUGGCCUCCCCCCACAGCCUUCCGGAUCCAACUGCAGGUCCCCUGACCCCCCUCUGGACCUACCCAGCCUCAGCAGCUGGGCUCAAGAGACCCCCUGCCUAUGACAGUCUCAAGGCUGGGGGGGUGCUGAAUAAGGGCUGUGGAAUGGGGGCACCAUCCCCCAUGGUCAAGAUCCAGCUGCAAGAGCAAGGGACUGAUGGGGGUGCCUUUGCCAGCAUCUCCUGUGCCCACGUCAUCGCCAGUGCUGGGACGCCAGAAGAGGAAGAGAUGGGUGCCACAUUUGGAGCAGGCUGGGCUCUGCAGAGGAAGGUCCUGUAUGGAGGACGGAAGGCAAAAGAAGUGGACAAAGAGGAUGGUGCCCGGGCCUGGAAUGGCAGUACAGAAGGUCCAGGCAAAGUCGAGCAUGAGGACAGGGGCCCUGUGGCAUCAGGGAUUCCUGUGAGGAGCCAGGGCGCAGAGGGUCUGCUGGCCAGGAUCCACCAUGAUCGAGGAGGGAGCCGCACAGCGCUGCCCGUUCCUUGCCAGACUUUCCCAGCCUGCCACCGGAAUGGAGAUUUUACAGGAGGGUACCGCCUGGGCCGUUCUGCCUCCACCUCUGGGGUCCGUCAGGCUGCACUCCACACUCCGCGGCCCUGCAGCCAGCCCAGGGACGCCCUGAGCCAGACCCACCCUGUGCUGCCCCUGCCCCUGCCGCCCCAGCCGGCCCGGGAGCGAGACGGCAAACUCCUAGAGGUGAUCGAACGUAAACGCUGCGUGUGCAAGGAGAUCAAGGCACGCCACCGUCCCGACCGGGGGCUCUGCAAGCAAGAGAGCAUGCCCAUCCUCCCCAGCUGGCGGCGGGGCCCUGAACCCCGCAAAUCUGGUACCCCGCCCUGCCGGCGGCAGCACACGGUCCUCUGGGACACUGCCAUCUGAGGAAUACAGGGAGGCUGGGACGCCUGGAUUGGGAGGGGAGGAGCCUGCCCAGGCCUCCUUGAGACUUGAGAGGUGGAGGAAGUACGAGAAAGGGUUCCUACUGGGCCCAUCGUGGGGGCUUGGGGUGGCAGCAGCAGCCCAAGCAAUUUGGGGGAGGAGGAGGGUUUGCUUGAUGUUGGAAGGAAGGGUCUAAGUGUGUAGACUCUCGAAGUGAAGGCCAAGAUGGAGAUCUCCAUGGGGAAAGGAGGGGAGGGUUUGGAAGAAGCUGGGGUUGGGGCAUAUAGGAGAUUGACUGGAGUAACAGGGAAACUCGCUCUUUUAUUGAGAGCCGGGGGAGUGGGGAAGGGUAUUUAUUUUGCUAUUUAUUUUAGUCUGGAGGGCAAUUCUGGGCCCUUCUGACCUACUCCUGAGCAGGAGGUGGAGAACCAAGGCUAAAUUUGCACUCUCCCCAAGGCCAGCGCCUAAAGACCUCUGCCAUCCCUGCCCCGCCAAAGGGGCGGAGGGAUGUGGCUGCUUCCGGGGCAGAGUCAAAAGGCAGAGAGGCCCAGACAGUGACAGUAUUUAUAGUUUUCCCAGAAUUUGGUAGUGAGUGUGGUCUGCUGUAAAACAGGCAUUUUAUUUAGUUCUGGGGUAAGGGUCUAGCCAGGGAUGGGUGGGGUGUUCAGGGAAGACGGAGUACUUAAGUGGGUGGAGGGAGGAGCGGGGUAUUUAUUUAAAUUAAAAAAAAAAAAAAGAGCUGUCAGGAACUUUUUUUAAAUUCCUUUCUUUUCAGAAUAAUAUAUUAAAAGACUCAUGAUCCUA